AUGUUAAUAAACUUUUCAAAAUUUAUUGAAACAACAAUUAAAGCUGUGACGUUACGCACCGUGAAAGCACCAGUACCGCCACCGAUUAUAAUAAGACAUAAGAGACGUCUUCCACCUAUAAAUGAUAAUUGUUUGCUUUUAACCGCGUUGAAAACUUAUGGAAAUUAUAAUACCUCUGAUAAAUCUCAUCAUACAUUUACUCGCCUUGCGUUUCUUGGUGAUAGUAUCUUGGCGUAUACUG